CUGGUGGCGGAGGAGAACGUGCGCGGCGUGGUCACCCUCACCGAGGACUACGAGACCCGGUUCCUCUGUUUUUCUCCCCAGGAAUGGGAGGCAAUGGGAGUGGAGCAACUGCGUCUUAGCACUGUGGAUCUAACUGGAGUCCCCACCUUGGAAAACCUGCACGAGGGCGUGGAGUUCAUCCUGAGACACCGGGCCUGUGGUAACAGUGUCUAUGUGCACUGCAAGGCAGGACGCUCCCGCAGUGCCACCAUGGUGGCAGCAUACUUAAUUCAGCUGCAUCACUGGAGCCCUCAGGAAGCAAUAGAGGCCAUUACCAAGAUUCGUCCCCACAUCCUCAUUCGACACAAGCAAGUCCAGGUCCUGGAGAAAUUUCACAGGAAUAUGAUCAGUGGGACAACUGCAUAGCUUAGUAAAAACUAAUCAAAAUCAGAAUCAAAAUCCUCAUUUCAGCUGCUAUAAAAAAAGUUUUUAUGAUCUAACAAAAGCUUAAGGGUUUUCAUUCUUGACAAUCAAUAAAGAACGUUUUACAGUAAA